UUUAUUCAACAGAAAAUUCAGUUGUGGUUUUUUAAAGAAGACAGUCGAUCUGAAUAAUAGCAAAAAGAUGAAAUUUUGCACUUUUAUAAUUUUAUGUGCUGGAUAUUUCUUGUUAAUCAAUGGUCAAUGUGCAAACGAAGGUGGACAGUGUCGCGCCGAUACAGACUGCUGUCAGAAUCUUCGGUGCAAUAGGGAAAAAUGUGAAAGAAGAGAUCCACCUGUAGAAUGUUCACGAGAAGGACAACGUUGUCAGGAAGACCGUAAUUGCUGUCAGGAUCUUAGGUGUAAUGAUAGGGACAAAAUAUGCGAGAGACGACGAGACGAAUGUCGAAGAGAAGGACAAGAUUGUCGAAAUGAUACAGAAUGCUGUCAAAAUCUCCGGUGCAAUAGAGAUAAAUGUGAAAGAAGAGAUGUAGACUGUGCACGAGUGGGAGACCGUUGUCAAGAAGAUCGUAAUUGUUGUCAGAAUCUUCGAUGCCAUGAUAGAGACAAAGUAUGCGAGAGACGACGAGAAGAUUGUCAACGAGAGGGUCAACGUUGUAGUAAUGAUAGAGAAUGCUGUCAGAAUCUUCAAUGCAGUAGAGAAAGAUGUGAAAGAAGAAGCGGCGGAGAUUGUCAACGUGAAAAUGAAAGUUGUAGAGAUAGAAAUUGUUGUAGAGAUUUAAGAUGCAGUAAUGAUCGCUGCGUUGCUGAUACUUGUCGUUUUUUCGGACAAGAUUGUGAAGAAAACAGACAAUGCUGUAUUUUCUUAAGAUGCGAUCGUCGUCAAAGACGUUGUACUUUUGGUUUCUAAUAGUUACGUAAAAAAUAUAUUUGUAACUAAUUUGCAUAUGAGAAAAAAAAUUUAAAUAAAUUACAUUUUUUGAAAAUA